CCUCGCAUUCGGGUUUCCAGCGUGUUUUGGAGCGCCGACGGUCCUGCAGCGCUUCGCUCCGCACUCGGACCGUCAAAGUCCGCUCUAGUCUUUCCUGCGAGUUUGGGAAGCGAGCGGCGCUAUUGUUGCGCUCCGAUUCCCUCCUCCUUUCGGGGGAAGAAGUGGGAGGACCCGAAAAAAAGGAGUCGCGAAGGAAGGGGAAUUGUUUGGGAAACCACUCAUCCAAAAACGGCCUUUCAAUGCGGGAGCCCGAGAAAAUCAUGUCCGCAGCUUCGCACUAAAUCAGAGGCGCGGCGGAGUUUGUGGCCGAGACGAGAGGGAGCCGUUCGCUCGGAGUCGGAGCGGCCCGACGACGACGCCGGUCGUCACCGAGCGCCGAGGACCGAGCACCCGGCGGGCUAGCGCGAGCUGCGGCACACCGCCAGCCACUGACUGACUGACUGAGGAGCGCGGCGAGUCCCGUCUGUCUCGUGCUGCUCGCCGAGCGCUUUCACGUCCAAGUAGUGCGAUCUUGAAGAUGACCCGGAGAUUCACAGCAGCAGACUGGAUCUCCUGGAGGCACGAGCGAGAUGUGCGUGUGUUGCUGGGACUUGCCGGCCUGCUGCUGUGCUGCCUGAAGGGCGGCGCCACUACGGAUGGUGAGGUUCCGGUCUUCACAGAGGAGCCGCUCUCUGUGGUGCAGAAGCUCGGCGGAAGAGUCACCCUGCACUGUGGAGCCCGUCCAGCUGCUGCCAACGUUAGCUGGCGUUUGAACGGCCAGGAGUUGGCACUUGAGGACCUGGGAGAGCUCGGCAUACAGGUGCGACCUGGCCUGCUCGUCAUCUCUGCCCUCGCUAACCUCACCCUUGGACGCUACCAGUGUGUGGCCAGAACCGGCGUGGGGGCCGUGGCCAGCGUGCCUGCCAACGUCACCGCAGCCAAGCUGCGAGACUUCGAGCCUGACGAUCAACAGGAGAUCGAAGUGGACGAAGGGAACACAGCCGUCAUCGAAUGUCACCUCCCUGAGAGCCAGCCGAAGGCAGAGGUGCGCUACAGCGUCAAGCAGGAGUGGCUGGAGACAUCCAAAGGGAACUACCUGAUCAUGCCAUCAGGGAACCUGCAGAUUGUCAAUGCCACCCAGGAGGAUGAAGGCACCUACAAGUGCGCUGCAUAUAACCCUGUCACCCAGGAGGUCAAGACUUCCUCGUCCACUGACCGGCUCCGCAUUCGACGCUCUCCCUCGGAAGGUGCUCGUAUCAUCUAUCCCCCUGCUUCACGCUCCAUCAUGGUGACCAAGGGCCAGAGGCUGGUGUUGGAGUGUGUGGCCAGCGGCACUCCGCCACCCCAAGUCACGUGGGCCAAGGACGGCCUGGACCUGAGGAACCACAAUAACACGCGUUUCUUGCUGAGCAACUUGCUGAUCGACGCGGCGAGCGAGGCGGACUCGGGCACGUACUCCUGCCGCGCCGACAAUGGCGUCGGUGAACCGGGCUCAGCCUCCAUCCUUUAUGACGUCCAGGUGUUCGAACCACCCCAGGUGCGCGUGGAGCUGCAGCAGCAGGCCGUCUCCUGGGGCAGCAGCGUUCGCUUCGGUUGCCUCGCGCGGGGGAAGCCCACCCCCUCGGUCGUGUGGCUGCACAACGCUCGACCCCUGAGCCCAUCCCCGCGGCACCGGCUCUCCGCUCGAGUGCUGAGGGUGCUGCAGGUUGGGCCGCAGGACGAUGGGGUCUACCAGUGUCUGGCGGAGAACGAUGUGGGGAGCGCGCAAGCGGCAACUCGUCUGCUCACCGUCCCCACGGGAAGUGCUUCCCGGGCAGUCAAGCUUCCCUCUCCAGAUAUUCUGCGACCUACCGGUCCCGAGAAGGUGCUACGUGACCGGACAUCGCAGAAGCCGGGGAUUAUGGGUAGCACAGUGGCUGUGGAUUGCGCAGAGUUCCGCGGGCCUGUGAGCCCAGCGGAAGCGCCUGUCAUACUGAGCCAGCCGCGUACUGGGAAAGCCGACCUGUAUGAGCUCACCUGGAAGCCCCGGCAUGAUGGAGGGGCGCCUGUGCUGGAGUACGUCGUCAAAUACAGGAAGGCUGGAGACCCCUCAGAAGGUUGGACCACCAGCCACAUCUCUGGUUUGCUCCACAAGCUGACGCUGGUCAAGUUGGACCCGGCCAGUCUGUAUGAGGUGGAAAUGGCUGCCAGGAAUUGCGCUGGUCUGGGCCAGCCAGCCAUGAUGACCUUCCGAACAGGCAAAGGCCGUAAGGUUGGCGGACAGAAUGACCCCCCGAAAGCUGUUCCUGCGGAGCCCCCGCGUCUCUCCCCCCCAGAAGCCCCUGACCGACCCACCGUUUCCACGGCAUCGGAGACAUCUGCGUACGUGACGUGGAUCCCGCGCGGCAACAGAGGCUUCCCGAUCCAGUCCUUCCGGGUGGAGUUCAAGAAGCUGAAGAAAGGAGAGGACUGGGCUCUGGCUGUGUCCAACAUCCCACCGUCCCGCCUUUCCGUGGAGAUCGCUGGCCUGGCGAAGGGGACGUCCUACAAGUUCCGAGUGCGAGCGGUCAAUGUCCUCGGGGAGAGUACACCUAGUGCCCCCUCCAAGGCCUAUGCAGUGGUGGGAAGUGGUCAUGGCAACACCAAGCGUCCUGUCAAUGGGCCCUACAUUACAUACAACGAGGCCAUCAAUGAGACCACCAUUAUUUUGAAGUGGACGUACACGCCUCAGAACAACACGCCCAUCUAUGGUUUCUACAUCUUCUAUCGGCCCACGGACAGCGACAACGACAGCGACUACAAAAAGGAUGUUGUUGAAGGUGACCGCUACUGGCACUCCAUCACGGACCUGCAGCCGGAAACAGCCUACGACAUCAAGAUGCAGUGUUUCAAUGAGGGCGGGGAGAGUGAGUUUGGGAACGUGGUCAUUCUUGAGACCAAAGCGCGCAAGCAGCCCCGUCCGCUGACCACAGAGGCGCCCGUGCAGCGAACCGAGCACUCGGGAGGACCGAUUCCCCGACCCAGCGAUCUGCCGUACUUGAUCGUAGGCGUGGUGCUGGGCACGGUGGUCUUCCUCAUCGUCGCCUCCAUUCCCUUCUGCCUGUGGAGGUCCUGGGCCAAGCAGAAGCAAACGUCAGACCUGUGUUUCCAGACCACGCCGAUCUCUUCCUGCCAGUACACCAUGGUACCGCUGCAGGGUUUGGCACUCAUUGGACACUGUCCAAUGGACCCGCACCCAAGCCAGCCCCAAGCAGACCACCCCCCUAAUGGCAAACACUCUGCGUACUGCUUGCCUGGCUUGCAUCAGGAUGGGGAACAUGAGAUGGAAUGUGACACGUUGCUGCCUCAGACGAUCUUGGCGAACGGCUGCCCGACGCUGUUCCGCCUGUCGGACAGGUCUUUUGAGGAGCACGACGAGGACGCACGCCAUCUGCCAGACAACUCUACCCAGCAGCUCUUCAGCAUCUCGCAUCAGCCAGCAGUGUGCAACGGACCGGAGAGCAAAGUUCGGCGGGUUGGAGAGAGUGUGGCCGAGGAAGGUCGCGUGACCACAGGUUUGCCAUGCUGCUCCCUGCUAACACCUGUGGAGGAAACUGACAGUGAGUGCGGUGUACCAGCUCUGUCCCACAAUGCACUGCAACAGGGGACUACGAGUCGCCACAGUGGAACAGAUGUAGAGGAGAAAGAAACAGAGCGUGUCGCAGCAGAUGGAUAGACAGACUAUGAAAGAAAAUAAAGUAUUUAUUUUUUUAUAAGAUAUAUUUAUAUAUUUAUACUUUUGUAAAUAAUUCUGUAUGUUUUCUUAUACUUUAUAGUAUAAAGGAAUGUUUUUUUAAUUUUUAUUUUUAAAUACUGAAUUGGAAGAAAAACGUGUGUCUGACCAGCCAUUUAUGGAUGUUAAUAUUCAUGGGUGACAGUUAUUUCCUUGACUUUGUAAGGUGACUGAGAGGACUGAGCACACCUUGCGUGGCACAGUAUGUGCGGCUACUUGGUUUAAGGGAACCCAGAGCUGGGUUUCGGUGCUCUUUCCCGCAGUUUGGCUGUGGUUUGUUCCAGCCCCGUCCGCGUUAUGAAGGGAGUUAAGUGCGAUGUGGGUUCCCAGACCACCGUUUUUUCUUUUUUGCAUUCAAGUAGAAAGUAGGUCAAUGUAUUUUGCUCUCAUUAACACAGUAGUAAUAGGGAAAACAUGUAUGCGACUUACGCUGCCUGCAGUAGUGUAGAGAAGACAGCAUAUUAUUUAUUAAUAUAAGCCCUUUUCAGUUCACUGGAGUACCAGAGACCCAUCUGUGGGAUGCAUAGCCCUUGUCACGUGGUUUUACCCUAAAGUGUUGUGUUGGUCAGCACCGGUCAUGGACAGCGAUGCUCUGCGGAUGCUGACCACUCCUAUUUUUAUUGCUGUACGCAGCAGUAUGAACUGACUGGUACCUCUGUGCAUUGCCUCUCCCAGCCACUUACCGUGGUACCUGUGCUACCAUUCCCAGUUACCCAGUGUUUCAGUAUUAAUGUUCCUCCACUGAUUUGUGCAUCAGUAUUAUUCCCUCCCCCCCAGUACGAGUGAAAAUGAAGGAGAAAUGGUCUGUGACUCAUGGACGAGCAAAGGGUACCAUGUUUACAUGGUUUUUGCACUUAAAAAAUACUUCCAAUGUAAACUGCAUGUAAAUAAAGCUCAUA